GAUUUAAUAUGGUUUGUUGUUUUGGUGUGCUAAACGCAGGCUGGUUAGCGCGUUUUUCUUUUCUUGAGAUGUUUCGUGAAACCAUUCGCAGUCAUGGAAUGAAUUUCGAAAAGAAUAAUUUAGCUCGAUAUUAGUGGAAUAUCACAGGUAUUAAGCUAGUUUUAAGCUGUUUAGUUUGCUAGCGAGCUGCCCGUGAUGUUAACAGAUAAAUAUGGCAGUGCUUAUGUAACUGCGAUGGAUCCAAAGCCCUCAGCAGCAGUGGUGCUUAGUGCUGUACCUCCAUACGGACAUGUCCUCAUCAACGCCAAGUGGAGGGGCUCCACACUAGUGCAGCAUUUUAAAGGGAAUGUGAAGACUGUCUUUGAGGAGGAGCUUGGUGUUGUGGACCUUCACCUCAGUAACAAAAGUUGUGUCCUGUAUGUGUCAGAAAGUGACUUGGUGGCAGGGAAUGACUACAAAAGGAAAAUCGUUCGAUUCAGAAAUGUAAUUAUGUUGCAGGCCAAUAGUAACUUCCAUGGGAUUGUUUUGGUGGAGAAGACUCGUCUCACUGAGCAAUACUUCAGUGGACUGCAGAAGUUUGUGGUUUUGGAGCUGGGCCUGACCCUGCUGCAUGUCCCAGGUCCUGGUGAAGCAGCUCAGCUGAUUGCACAGAUGGUGCAUGGCGAGAGCAAGGAGAACCCAUUCCGCAGGAGAAGCACAGCCAGACUGCUGGACCCAGUGGUGCUGAACCUGGUACAGCAGAUCCCUGGGGUUGGCAAGGUGAAGGCCAUGGCCCUACUCCAGCACUUCUCUAGCAUCCAUAAGAUCAGUAACGUCUCAGUUGAAGAGCUGGAGACUGUUGUUGGGCAGGCCACUGCUCAGCACAUCUGGGCUUUUUUCCAUGAUAUACUUCCAUGAUAUUCUGACACAUGGCACUGUGUAGAGACUUUCACAGAGGGCUUAUCUGUUCUUUGCCAUGUAAAGACUCUAACCUAAUGCAAACAAAUAGUCAAACUCCAAGGCCAUAAAAACUUAAUAGAAUUUAGUUCUUGUUCAAGGAAAAGUGAAUUGUUUUUUUGUUCUGGCAAGCCGAAUAUUUCCAAAACAUUGUUCUGCAGUGCAAUUAAUAAAAUUUGGAUAAGCUGUUUGUUUUGUUUUUUUUUUCGUAAUUUUUAUUUGCUUAUUCAUAUAUUUUCAGUAAAGUUUGUCCUGGUCAAGGCACUAGAGCCUAUCCCAGGAACACACCCUGCAUGAGAUACCAGUCCAUCACAGGGAAGCAUGCACACACACACACAUUUGAACAUUCACUCGCAUCAGGGGCAAAAAGGUUAGCGAGUCCACCUACCAGCAUGUUUUUGGGAGGUGGGAGGAAACAAGAGAACCUUGAGGAAACCCAUGUGGGACCCUGAACUCUGAGGCACCAACGCUAGCCAUCAUGCCACCAUGCUGUCUUAUUUCAAUGAAACUUAUUUCCUGCUGUUCUGCAAUAGCGACUGAGCCAAUUACAAUUGAGUAGACUGUUGAUAAGUGUAAACAGUACACAACAGGGAUAGGUUUGAAUCAGCCGCAAUCCUGAUGCACUGUGUCCCUAAUUAGCUAGACAGUCUUUCCCAGUUGUGGUCAAGUACACCUGCGCUGCUUGAUCUA